UCGAACCGUGAGCUUGUGCCGUGUACCGAAAUAUAAACGCGCGUGUUCGAAAACUUUACGUCUGUCACUCGAGUUCUGAUUUUAAGUUUAAACGACACAAUAACUUAAAUACAGUCACUGUGUUCCUCGACUCAUUAUAAUGUGAAGUUAUUUAGAAAAUAAUCAAAAAGUUGUGUGUGAUGUGAUGUGACAAUGGUGGACUAACUUCGUGCUGUAGUUUUUUGGGAUUUUUUGCUGUUCACUUCUCUGCGGUGUCAUGUUGCAAUAAUUGAGCAAGCAUGGAGAGCCGUGUGGGCCUGGACUACAUAGUCGAGCACGCCGAGUACGCCGGCAAACUAGCGGCCGCGCUCACGUCUCCCACUGCAGCGGUCAAAAAACAAGUAUUCGAGCUACUGUCAGCGCUGUGCGUUUAUAACGCGGACGGAUACGCUCGAGCGGUCGACACACUUGACAGAUACAAGGCUCUGAAAGGCGACCGUUACCGACUUACCGUCGUGGUAGAGGAGCUCAAGAAUGCCACCACAAUUGACUACAAGACCGCGCUCGUGGCCUUUAUCAACUGCCUCAUUAUAUCAGCUCCCCGCCUCCCAGACCGGAUUCGAGUCAGAAACGAGUUUAUUGGACUUGGACUACUUCCCACACUUAGUAAUCUAAGGCAUGAAGCUGCCAGUCAUCCGAACUUAGGCGUUCAGCUCGACGUGUUUGAAGAGCAGAGGGAGAGCGAUGAGGCUCAGGGCCCCGGAGGGAUCAAUCUCAACUCACACCUCGAUGUCUUCUACGCCAUCUUGAAACAGGUUUCAGACACACCUCAAGAAAUCCCAUUCUUGAGCAUUCUCCAGCACUUACUACGAAUAGACCCAAAAGAGGCAGUCAGUGAUAUAGUAUGGGACACAGCUGAGACGUUGGUUCAUAGGGCCACUCUUUUGGAGACCAGGGAAGAUGCUGCCAAACUCCUCAGAGCACCUAGUGUACAGGCAAAAGUGGGGUGCACAUGCCAACACAGAGACCUCUCGGGGUCAAAUCGCAAGCAAAGUCUGCAGCGAGCACUGUCGCCACCACCGCCGCCGCCGCCGCCAGCGCCAACGCCAGCGCCGCCACCACCAGUUGCUCCCCCGCCUCUACCGCCCGCGCCCCCUGCACCCCCUGCUCCGCCCGUACCACGCGGUGCGCCACCUCCCCCGCCCCCCGUAGCCCCCACACCGCCCCCCGCACCAACGCUAAACAUAAAGCUGCCCCAACAGGAGACACCACUGCCAAAGACUAAGAUGAAGACGAUCAAUUGGAACAAAAUACCCAGCAAUAAAGUCGUUGGCCAAAACAACAUUUGGUCAAUAGUAGCAUCGAGUCAUAAGCAUUCGCCAAAGACGGAAUUGGACUGGAGUGAAAUCGAAGGACUUUUCUGCCAACAGGUACAACCAACAGGUUCAGCCGGCUCCUCACCUCGCCUCGGCCGAAGUCCUAUUUGUGAUAGUUCCGGAGAAAGAAAACCAAGAAAGGAGCCUUCAGAAAUCACACUCCUGGAUGGCAAGCGGAGCCUCAAUGUCAAUAUAUUCCUGAAGCAGUUCCGAAGUUCUAACGACGACAUAAUCCAGCUUAUUCGCGAAGGCUCCCACGACGACAUCGGUACUGAGAAGCUGCGCGGACUUCUCAAGAUUCUACCUGAGAUAGACGAGUGCGAGAUGCUUAAAUCGUUCAGCGGUGACGUCACCAAACUGGGCAACGCGGAGAAGUUCCUUAUGGAACUCAUUCAGCUGCCUAAUUACAAACUACGGAUAGAAUGUAUGCUGCUAAAAGAAGAAUGGGCAUCGACAGCUGGGUAUCUUGAGAGUGCCAUCAACGCGAUAUUGGUUGCUGGGGACGAUCUGACGUCAUCUAGAGCCAUACAGGAAAUCCUCUACAUAGCGUUAAUAGCUGGCAACUUCCUGAACGCAGGCGGCUACGCAGGCGGCGCCGCGGGCGUUAAGCUGUCGUCCUUGCAAAAGCUCUCCGACAUACGCGCAAACAAACCCGGCAUGAAUUUGAUGCAUUACGUAGCUAUGCAAGCGGAACGCAAGAACAAAGAGCUGAUACAUUUCGCUGACGACAUCAGAGUGCUGGAAGAGGCGUCUAAAGCGAGCGUGGAACAGUUGCAUAAUGAGAUCAACACUCUCUCUCAGCGUAUCAGCACUCUCAAGAGAGACAUACAGUCGACCACGCAUCUUGAUAUCAAGGAGCAGAUGUGGGACUUCUUACAGGUUGCUGAAAGAGAAGUAUCAGCUCUUAACAAAGACAUGGAAGAAGUCGAGAGCAUGAGGAAACAGCUUGCAGAAUUCUUUUGUGAAGAUCCCGUUUCAUUCAAACUUGAAGAAUGCUUUAAGAUAUUCGUAACGUUCUGCAGCAAGUUCCGUUCAGCGGUGAGCGAUAAUGAGAGGCGGAGGGUGCACGAGGAACAAGCGGCCGCUAGGAGAAGAGCGCGGGACCAAGUGGCGAUCAACGUCGCUAAAACUAGGGCAGGCGGCAGUGUCUGCAGUACGCCAGUGUCGGAGUGUGAAUCUCUCAUGGAAUCCUUGUUGCUGGAUAUAAGGAACGGUCUCGGAAGGAGGUCUUUGAGGAAGCCACACGAUCCGUCACCUUCACCAGAUGUAACCCCCACGGGCAGUCUUCGCCGUAGAAGCAGGGCAAGUCCCGGAGACGACGAGGAUGGACUACUGGAGUUCUUACGACACUCGUCACCCGCUGCCAACGAGUUGAGAGAGAGGAGCGCUUGGGGAAGCCUCGAUCGAUCUUGGUCGCGUAGAGGCCCGGUCCGCGCGCGUCUUGAAAUCCCCGAUAGAGAACGAACGGGAGAGAGAGAGAGGCCCGCGUCACCUCGCGCCUCGCCACCUUCCCCUCCGACGACCGCUGUACCGGACAGUACCAACGCUAAGCCCAAGGAGUGGCGUCAGAAAAUUGAAUCAUGGCUUCGCGCCAGCAGUGAGGACGAGCGUCGGCCGCGCCGUUCACCGCUCAGUCUGCACACUACCGCCCUCCACCGGCGCUCCUUGGAAAACGAUUCCGAGAGUGAGCGCAGUACGACGCUGGACACGCUGGCCGAAGGACGUGCGGAGUGGCGCCCUUCCGUGCCCACUGACAAGGACCUCGUGCGAGCCAUCGAAGCUGUUGAGGAUGUUCAACCAAAACCUAAAGAAAGAUUACCAUGGAGAAAGACGGAGGAAAAUGAAGAGAUGAGGCGACUGAGAAGGCAACGAUCGCGACCGCAAAUAGAAUCUCCUCAGCCUCUUGUAUCCAUCACCGAGGAGGAAAAGCGAAAGCUGCCCGAUAUCACCGUUACCAGAGCUAAAGACCAAAAGACAGACAAGUCCGACAGAGUUGGAAUAGAUUCAGAUAAUAUAGAAACACCACCAGUGCAAAGGAAAAUGUUUAAUCCCCCACCAGAAAGAGAACCGUGCCGGAAAUUUCAUCCUUCCCUUUCAAGUUCUAGUCUCACAGAUAAAGCCUCAACUGAAAUGAAGGAUUUAUGCCAAGAAAUUUUAGGCGACGGACAGUUCGACAGAUUCUCUGCCGCUAGAAGAACGAGGCGGUAUAAACGGACUCCAGAAUCAAGUUCGCCCGAAGAAGAAAAGAAACCAGAUGUCUCACCAGAACUUGUCGCAGAAACUCAGGUGAUCAGACCGUCAAAACUAGACAUUCAAGCUUCAUAUCCUGUUGAAACUACUAAAGAAACGGCUGUUGCAAAACCAGUUGAAGAAGUAGUCAAAGAAGAGAAGGAGGUAAGAUUAAAACGUUGGCAGGACAGAUUAAAAAACCAAAGUACCCAAAGCACAGAUAAAACGCCAACCAAAGAUAACAAAUCGGUGCCAUACUCGAGGAUGAGGCGGCAGACCUCGAUAAAUCAGGAGGAUGUUCAGAAAGCCAUAAGAGAGUUAAAGUCUCCGACGCAGACACCUACGGGGGUAUGGUCGAGGAAUGCGUAUAGAAAAUCUAUGAACGCAAAGACCGAUAGAGCACCUUCCACAGCAGAAAGGACGACGUCACCUCGAAUACCGAAAGUUAAAAGUGAACAUGAGCUGAAUGAUGAAGGUUUUGAGGAGACUCAGAGCCUGAAUUCGGAGAGCGCAUCGCAAGGAGCGUCGUCGGGUUGCAAUAUGGACUGUGAAUCUCCUACGCCGAAGAAAGCUACAGAAAUUCCAAAGAAAAUUUCUACCAAAGAGACAAAAACGCCCCCCCGAACGCCUUUAGAUCCGAAACGCCCUUUCGCGAAACGGGCGAGCUCUUUAAGGGUCGAGAGGUCAACUUCUCGUGCGUCCUUGCGGAGUUCUAGAAGCUCCUUGAACAGUUCCGCGUCAGUUACUACUGUGAAGAGAGCGCCACCGGCUCCAGUGAAACCCGUUCCAAAACCAAUUCCAAAGCCAAUCUCCAGAAUGCCUGCAUCUAGGUCUUCUUCGAGCGGGAGUUCUGUAGGUGUCUCCAGACCACCGAUGAAGACAACUAACAAAAGUUCAGGGUUCAUGAGACCUACUCAAGCUUCUAAAGGAAGGGGAAGUACUCCCCCGAGCGGCUUAAGGCCGAGUGUAAAAUAAGAAAUCUCAUUGGGUCUUUUAUUGUGACAAGAUUCUUUGAUGUCAAGUUGGCCAUAUUGAAACAAAUAAAAGUUGACUUAUUCGAUAAUGCCAUUAUAAACGGCCAGUGCUGGCGAUAGUAUUAAUACACAAAAGUAACCAACUUUAAACAAAAAAAAAAAUUAUUGGAACCUUCAGAUAAACGGUGCUGAAUCUCAACAAAAAAUCUGAAGCUUUCAAUGACUGAAUAUAAUCUAAGUCUAACACCUAGAUCUGUCUAGAAUUGAAAUUAAAAUAUAAUUUUUAAAAAAUGCAUUAUA